CUCUGCCAUCCUAGCUUCAAUACAGAGCCGAACCUCCAUUCCAAUGUUUAAUUCGACAGAAAUGAAGCAAAGUCGUGCUAAGUGACUGCCGAUUUAGGACUUAAUAGUUACAACUUGGGAGCAAUUCGCUAGGGAGCAAAGAAGCCAAUAUGUCGCCGUCAGCACACUUACGAUGGCGUCGCGAGGCGGAUGCCAGCACCGAGAAAGCCGUUACCAAUGAUACUUCUGCUGCCAACAAGACUACACCGACUCCAAUUGGGUCUUCUCUCGGUCCUCUAUCGUCCGAAUCGCCGCCGCCUGUGACAACUACCCAAGAAUCGAUUGGGGAGAAGACUGCCGAAAUUGCAAGAAAGAUGAAUAUGGAAACUUGGCAAUUAGUUGCAAUUCUCGUUGGAGUCGCAGUAGUAGUACUCGGAAUAUGCUUCUGUUGCAUUCGCCGGUGUUUCCGAAAGAGACGCUCCAAGGAUGGCAAAAAAGGAAUGAAAGGAGUCGACUUCAAGUCCGUCCAACUCUUAGGUUCAGCAUACAAAGAAAAGGUUCAGCCGGACAUGGAGGAGUUGACAGAAAACGCUGAAGAACCUGACGACGGUGACUCUAAAAAGGAGGAACAGAAGCUAGGAAAACUUCAAUACAAGCUGGAAUACGAUUUUAAUAGCAACAGUCUUUCUGUAACUGUUCUCCAAGCAGAAGAGUUACCGGCUUUAGACAUGGGCGGUACUUCGGACCCUUAUGUGAAAGUAUAUCUUUUACCUGAUAAGAAGAAGAAGUUUGAAACAAAAGUUCAUCGAAAAACUCUUAACCCCAUUUUCAACGAAACCUUUGUUUUUAAGAACGUGCCCUAUGCUGAUGCAAUGAACAAAACCUUAGUUUUUGCAAUCUUCGAUUUUGAUCGGUUCUCCAAGCACGACCAGAUCGGAGAGGUGAAGGUACCGCUGUGUCAGGUCGAUCUCGCGCAGACCAUCGAAGAGUGGCGUGAACUGCAAAGCGUUGAGGGCGAAGGAGGCCAGGACAACAAGCUGGGAGAUAUAUGUUUCUCUUUGCGUUAUGUACCGACCGCUGGAAAACUUACUGUGGUAAUUUUGGAGGCAAAGAAUUUAAAGAAAAUGGACGUCGGUGGCUUAUCAGAUCCGUACGUAAAGAUUGCACUCAUGCAAAAUGGCAAACGUCUCAAGAAGAAGAAAACGAGCAUCAAGAAAUGCACACUGAAUCCAUAUUACAACGAGUCAUUUACUUUUGAAGUACCAUUCGAACAAAUACAGAAGGUGAAUCUAGUGGUAACCGUGGUGGAUUAUGACCGCAUCGGAACAUCGGAACCAAUCGGCAAGGUAGUACUUGGAUACAACGCGUCGGGCACUGAGCUGCGUCACUGGUCGGACAUGCUGGCUAGUCCGCGGCGCCCCAUCGCUCAAUGGCAUACUCUCAAAGAUCCCGAAGAUGGUGAAAAGAAAGAUUAAAGACGAACAAGAGAAUCGUCGAAUCAAGAAAAAGAAGAUCAAGAACGAAGAAUAAACGCCUUAUUCAAUAUCUUAUCGGAAUUAUUCGUCUUACUUUCUUCUUUAAUUUUUAGCUCAUUCUCAGAUAAAUUGAAAUGGGUGUAAUGUUCGUUCGAGCAUAACAACUAAAAUCAAUGGUACUGUCAACACAAUACACCGCCGUC